AUGGAGAUUGGACCCAUUCAUUGUCUUGUCACGUACCGGUCGUCCAACACCGCUUUCGUAUUGCAGAGGGCUACCCGUUCGGCUACAGCUCAGGAGAGGGACCAAUUGAAUGCUGCGGUUGAGAAACUUGGAAUGAAGGGCCUACACCCGCAUCAACUCGACGGCCUUCGAUGGAUGUUGCAGAAAGAGCAAGUGGGAGCGGUUCAGGAGCAAGUCCCGAAGAACACCGGCGGAUUGAUUGCUGAUGAUAUGGGUCUUGGCAAAACCAGACAACUACUCUCAUUGACUUUGGCCACGUGGACCCGCGGGACGGACAGCAACCGAUUCUCAACAUCGACUCUGAUCGUAUGCGACUUGGGCCUCUUCAAAACUUGGGAAGCCGAGAUUUCGAAAGCUGUGGGCGUCGACCGUCUGCCAUAUAUUCUCUUCCACAAGAGCGCUACUGACAGCAGAUCCAAAGAAGCCUUCCUCAAGAUGGACGCUGCUGAAGUUUCAAAGUACCCGAUCGUAAUUACAAACUACGAGCCAUUCAAGAACCGGAGAUCGAAGCUGUUCACUUGUCUGAAUGCGAUCUCCUGGCGUCGUAUCAUCUUGGAUGAGGCGUCCAAAGUCAAAAAUGCGGAGACAAACGCUGCGAUCAAUCUCAAGCGGCUUACGGCGUGGUCGCGAUGGUGCUGCACUGCAACUCCCGUUGAGAAUAAGCUUACGGACCUUCAGGCGCAUUUUGAGUUCUUGCGCUCACCCCACGCAUACGCUGCUUUAUUCGACAAAGAUCCGUCAAACUGGACAUUUAACGAUGAGCAAAUCCUCCGAGACACAAUUCUUCGUCGCACCAAGCUCGCUCUGGCUAGCAGCUCAAAAUCGGGUGGACAGAGGGGCGGCGAGCUUAUCUUGCCGCAAUUAUGGGAGACGUCCGUCGUUCAUUCGCUGAGCGAUGAUGAGGUAGAUCGCAUUAUGGAGGCUCGGAAUGAAGCCCCGAAUGGAUUGGUCAAGGCGCUUCGGGAAGUGCAGGCAAUUCAGACACCCGGCCCGGAGGACCCAAGUGGGAGUGCUCGCUUGAACACCCUCAUGGCCCUCCUCAAAGACUUGCGAAAAAAGGUGCCGCCAACCCAAACGUUCAAGCGUUACCUUGGUCCAGGCAUCCCUGCCGAAGUCAAAGACAUGUCACCUGAAACAACCAUCUUCAAAAUCGUCAUCUUCUCCCUGCACAAAGCGGACCUCGACCACAUCGCCGAGCGUCUAACCGCCCUGGAAAAAUCUGACCCAAAGAAUGCAAAACUCUUCACCCACAGUCUUCUAACCGGCGAAAUCAGCAAACCCGAAGACCGCCGAACCCUCAUUGACAGCUUCCUCGGGUCCAACCCCAACCACGAAACAAACAUCCUCCUCUCAACUCUCCACAUCGGCGCCACAGGCCUCAACCUCCAGAAAGCAAACGUCGUCAUACUUUACGGACACUGGUACAACCCGGCCAUUGAGCAGCAGGCUAUUGCCCGUGUGCAUCGGAUUGGUUCCACUUAUGAGAAGGUUUGGUGCUUUGAUUUGAAGUGUACGGAGGGGAUGUCGGGAGUUAUGGAUCGGAUGGAGGAGAUUAAAGAUGGGAAGAUGGAGUUGGCGAGGGCGGUCAUGGAGGUUAUUGAGGUGGAGCAUGUUGAGUAG